GAAUGAGCAUUUGCAAAUUGCGACAAAUCAAAUAAAAUCCUUGUUAGUGAGGCAUGGCUUACAACGGUAGAAGCAGUAGCAGUGCUUACAAAGGAUUGUUCCAAACACUGUUCAACGUUGGAACUUCAAACCCACGAUUCGUGCAUUCGUGUCCAGCCUCGUUGAUCCAGAACAUUCUCAAGUUCCGAAGAGACAAGCCCACGGACCAAUUGCAUCGAGCCCUUGACCAGUGCGGCGUCGAUCUCAACCACCACCUCGUUCUCGACGUUCUGCGACGGCACCGUUCCGAUUGGCGACCCGCCCACGUCUUCUUCAACUGGUCAAAAACCGCCGGCUAUGAACCCAGUUCCGAUGUCUGCAACGAGAUCCUCGACAUCCUCGGCAAAAUGCAGCGCUUUCAGGAGUUGCACCAGGUGCUCGAUGAAAUGUCAAACAGAGAGGGGCUUGUCGAUGAAAAGAUGUUUGCCACACUGCUUCGUAGGUUCGUGGGUGCUCAUAAAGUGGACGAUGCAAUUCAGUUAUUCCGCCGGAGGAAGGAGUUCGGCUUGGAGCCUGGUUCCGAGGCUUUUCGUACCCUCUUGAUGUGGCUUUGCAGGUUCAAGCACGUCGAAGAGGCCGAAACGUUGUUCCAUAAUGUGAUGAAGAAGGGUUUCAGUGCGGAUAUAAAGACCUGGAACGUGAUCCUGAAUGGUUGGUGUGUUUUGGGAAACGCUCAUGAGGCAAAGAGGGUGUGGAGGGACAUAGUGGCUUCUCCUUGUAAGCCUGAUGUAUUCACUUAUGCCACCUUUAUCAAGGCGUUAACCAAGAAAGGAAAACUUGGGAUGGCACUGAGGUUGUUCCGUGGCAUGUUGGACAAGGGUUGUAAGCCAGAUGUUGUGAUAUGCAACUGCAUCAUUGAUGCUCUUUGUUUCAAGAAGAGGAUUCCCGAGGCCUUGGAGAUUUUUCGUGACAUGAGUGAGCGAGGUUGCGAACCGAACGUCGCUACUUACAAUUCUCUUAUUAAGUACAUGUGCAAGAUACGACGAAUGGAGAAGGUGUAUGAACUGGUGGAUGAGAUGGAGAGGAGGAACGGGAGUUGCUUGCCUAAUGUUGUUACUUAUUGUUGCUUGCUCAAGAGCUUGAAGGAGCCAGGGGAAGUACACCAGGUUUUGGGGAGGAUGGAGAGGAAUGGGUGCAGCAUGAAUGAUGAUGUUUAUAAUUUGGUGUUGAGAUUGUACAUGAAAUGGGAUGACGAGGAUGGAGUUAGAAAAACAUGGGAAGAAAUGGAGAGGAGUGGAUGGGGGCCAGAUAGGAGAUCAUAUACCAUCAUGAUUCAUGAGCACUUUGAAAAAGGGAGGGUGAAGGAUGUUGUGCGUUAUUUUGAGGAGAUGGUAGCAAAAGGAAUGGUGCCAGAGCCAAGGACAGAGAAGUUAAUAAGUUCUUUAAACAUUCGGGUGAAGGGGAGGACUGAAAAACAGGAAGAUGUGGAAGAGGAAAGAACUGGGCUUUGAGGUCUUGGAAUUUGGUCCUAUUGGAAUUGGAUAUUCACUCUACAAUCUCUCUCCUGUAGCUUUAUGAAGCUUCAUGUGUCUCAUCAUGUCAUGGUUGCGACUAAAAUGGGGGUGGUUUUCAUUGCCAAUUCCUCAACCCUCGACAACUUAAUUUGCCAUGUUUGUACAUGGAAAUUGAAGUGCCUGAACCAAAUGGCACCGCCAAUAACGUACUGAAACUGCCAGAGAUUUUGCAAAAUGAACGAGGAUUUCCGCCAUCGUUGUCCAAGACUUCUGGCCUUGAGAAUGACCCAUUUUUGCUUCACUAUCUGUUUGCAGAGAUUACAUGUUUGUUUGCAUCUUCCUCUUUAUGUACCUUUGCUGAUAUUUGUUUCAAGUGACAUGGAGUUCUUGCUGUUA